AAACCCUCUCAUUUUCCCUUUCUGAGAAAUCGUUCUCCUUCCAGUCGUUCUCCAAUGGCUUCCGCUUGCAACAGAUUCAUUCCCAGAUCAUUAUAUUCGGUUAAAUCUGCCAUCAGAAAUGGUCUGAGAUCGUCCCUCACUAGAUCGUCAGCCGCUUCAUCGGCCACCGGACUCCCUCUUCCGUCCAGAACCACCGCCUCUUCUCUUCGCCGUUUCUCCUCCUCUAGAUCUCCGGCGGAGUUGGGAUGCGUGCAGUCGCUGCUGCCGCUGCACAGCGCGGUGGCGUCGGCGAGAAUGACCUCCUGCCUCUGCACAACAGCGAGGAGUUGCCGAGCUCUUUCUCAGGGUACACUCCGCUGCUCUAGUGAUCUCUUUUUAUCUGCUUUUGAGCACAUAAGUUGAAGCAAAUAAAGUGAUACAGCCCCAUCACCAUUCACAAGUAUGAAACUACAUUAGUUCUCACUUGGUCAUCUUAGAAGUGUGUUGCUUUCUUAAAAUUCAUGGAUUGUUUGGUAGCUGGUAGUUGAUUUUGAUUGUCUUAUCAAAGUAAAAAGUAUGGAACUGAUGGUACGUGAAAAAUGGGGCUGUUUUAGAAGUAUUUGGUCUAUCGGUUCCAAGGUGACCUGAUAGCUGACCGUGGUUAUGGUGAGGAGUACUCAAGCUGACAUAUAUGGGAAGAAUUUGUAGAUUUCUAUUUCAAACCCUUAAAUCAUUGAAACUGAUUUCCAUUUGUACAAGUUGUUUGUUCCUGUGAAAUAAGUCAAUUGAAACAGU